GUUGCGAGAUCCAUCAUGUCAGCUUCCAUGAAUAAACACGUUGUUCCGUGGAUUUGCCGAGAUGAAUUUGUGGAUGUCUACAAGAAACUUUACAGUGAGAGAACGGACACACAGCAGCAAGCCCUCGACCAGAUCACUGUGUGGAAAACAAGGUGUGACUCGCAUCUGCCCGUGUCUGUCAACUGCACAGCUGAUCUGAUCACGGCACAGAUCGACCAUCGUCUCCACCAGGGGGAGUCGGAACACCUCUCCGAGUACAAGGUCCGCCAGGGAUAUGCCCUCGCACUCAUCAGAUGUGUGAACUUCAUCACUGACCGCUACCAGCAGGACAAGAACAAUGUGGCUCUCCCCAUCCAUCGCAUCGGGGAAGAGAUCGGCAUCCCGGAGUGGAUAGUGUCCCUGCGUCAUGAAGGAACUCACCGUGCGAUGCCCUCCCUCGACGUCCUGGCCCGGGGAACGCAGUGGGCUGUUGAAUGGCUCAAGCACAAUUUCUGGGAGCGACAACUUGUUCCCAGGAACACGUCAAGCAGAAUCCAGGAUACCAAAAGUAAACUGACAAAAGCAUCUGUAAAAUCUAUGUCAAAGAGGAUGAAGUCGUACAGGAAGAUUCGCUUCCAGGCUAAAGAGAUGUUGGAGUACCCAGUAAUGGCGGAUGUGAUGAGAGAGAAAGGCUGUGAGGAACAGGCUGCCCGGCUCAUCAUUGCGUAUCAACAGAUACGCUUCCAGGAGCUAGCUGGGAAGACAUUUGAUGUGAGCGACAUUCAGACAGGUGAAGAAGGUCAGAAGGUGUUGCAAGAGAUGAAGAAAGUAUUAUCAGUAGCUGUGGAGAGUACUCUGGUCCUGCUGCUGGAACCUGGAUGUCUGCUGCCCACGGAGGAACAACUUGCUCACAUGGGCAUCACUGCAGACUGCCCCACCAGUAAUAAACUAGCAUGGGUUCUGGCAGUGUUCUGGCGACCUCUCCUGCAGGAAGUCAACAAUCUCCGCCUCACACCAUGUUUAAUUGAACAUCUCGCAUCUGCCGUCUCAAGUGAGGCAUCUCAUUGGAACAGACUGGUGCAUGUAUGGCUGCAGACCCUAGUCUGUCCCUAUACUAUAUCAUUCCCAUCGGGCAGGUCAGAGUCACUGUUCAGCCACCAGGUGGCGCUGUGUGAGCUCCCGCUACUACAGAAGUGUCUCAAGCAUCCGAACAUCUACACACAUGACCUGCUGACAGCGUUUGCAAGUCGUGAGAACUCACUGUUGACAGUGGAGGCGGCAGAGAGGCUGAACGAACUGGUCCAGAUACUUCUCCGAAACAGGAAGUCGGCAAGCCGGGGAAACAAAAGGUCAAGGUCAAUGGAAGCCAGGCCUCAAGUACAGUUGUUCUCUGUGGCAGACUUACUGCAGGAUAGUCCAGCUACACACCAGAUUGUGUGCAAAAGGUCCCCCAAGUCCCAGUGGAAAAAAUGUUCCGCCUCUGUUGCUUGGCAACACAUUCCUGUGGGGAUUCUUCCAUGUCAGGACGUAAACACAUUAUAUCUGGACCUUGACCUUGACCUUGACCUUGAUGCAAGGAACAGUGGAGCUGAGGAUGUAGAGCAGAGUGCUUCAGCAGAUCAAGGAGAUGCGGAUGAUGUGACUGGACAGAUAGACACCAUGGACACUGCUGUUGACCGCAACAUCUCCAUGGACACUGCCGAGGACAACAUCCCCAUGCCCUUCUCCUGGUCCCGCAGUCAGCUGGAGUUGAUCAGAAAUAAACUGACUGUUCUGUAGCUGUGUUGUCGUG